UACAUCAAAUAGAAGAAGAAGAAGGCAAUAAUGGCGGCUUCUUUUGAAAAUGCAGUGGCCACCAUGGAGAGCUCUUUUAAUGGUUGGCACGAAUUUCAUGGCGUUGCUUUAUUGUUUAUUAGAUUUUCUCGACUUUUGUUAAAUAUUUUGAAAGAAUAACUGCGUUGGAAAGGUCGUAAAUUGUGAAACUGUAUUCCCCACAUGAUUUCACCACUCUGCAACCGCCUUGUCAAUGUCACAUUGACACUGGCAUCUGUUUAAAAUGGCCUUUUCUUUGUCCCCAAAUUCACCGUGCCUCUGUGUUGGCGAUGUGUGUAUUGUGAGUGCGUUUUGCAUGGACCAAAAUGGCGGAUAUUGUGUGAUUUGGUCAAGUCUCUCUUACCCAAAAAUUCCGAGCCUCUGUCUCCUGGUGUCCUGCGGGGCUAUUCAAAAACGGACAAUUUGAGUGAAAAUCUUGUGAAAAAUCGCCUAAAUAGACAAUGUACGGCAUUUGAUGAGUUGCAGAGACAGAAUUUUUGGUUGAAAUUUCCAGUGAGAUCGAGUGAAAUUUGUUGCCUCUGUGUUUUGUGUUGAAACCUCGGAAAAAAAAACGGAAAGAAAAGGAAGAAGAGACUCUUAAAUUUUUCAAUUGGUGGUUUUUAUUUUUGAGACAGAGGCUUUUCCUGUGGUACCCCCAUUUGAAAUUUUCUAAUUUUUUGGAAUUUUCUUUUGGUGUCUUAUUGUGUUCUUGAGGAAAAAUGUACAAAAAGAAAAAGUUGUGUUAUUUUUUUUGUCAUUAUUGAUGAAGUAGAACUUUCUCAAUGGCCAUUUGGGAAUUUUUGAAGUGAAAGAACAGUUUUUAAAACAUUAAAAAGGAAUUUAAAAAAAAAAAAGUCCUUUGAGCAAAGACUGAAAGACUCCUCCAGAUUUUUGUGUGUAUUUAUUUUUUUUAUUGUGUAAAAAUACAAGAAGGAAAAAAAAGGAAUAUUUAAACAAAGAACAGUUGGAUUGUGAAAAAUCUUUUAAAAGAAGAAAAAAAAAAGUGUAUUUUUCUCUCAAAAGUUACAUUUUGGUUCCUUUGAGACUUGUGAAUUGACAUUUUUUUUUUAUAUUUGAGCCAGAAAAAAAGAUAGUUUUGAGUGUCCUAAAUUUUUAUACCACUAAUUCCCCCUUUCCCCUUCUCCUUUCACCACCCUUUUCCACAUUUUCCUUUUUCCCGUUUUCGGGCUGAAGAAAAAGAAAUAAAAAAAAAACAAAAAGGCGACAAAAAAGGAAAAAUUGAGUGUUUUUGUGGGGCGUGGUAUUGUGUGAUUUGGGGGGCGGCGGCAAUGUUUGAGAGGAAAAGAAGAAAAUUGGGGUGGAUAACUCCGUGAUAGAAUCACGAGAGCCCCAAAAAAACAGCACGAGAAAAUUUUAAAAAAUAAUAUUUCAUGGACUCAACAAAAAGCGAAAUAUACGAAAAAAAAAAUAACCGAUAAGUCUUGAAGACAAGGCACAGAGAGAAAGAGAGAGAAAGGAGCAAAACAAAGAGCAUAAACCAUGAAGAAGAAGUAUUCUGAGAUUUCAACAUAAACAAAAUAAAUUAACACUUAAAAAAAAACAAGGGAUGAGAAGAUUUUGACAUGUCAAGAGUCAAAAAAUAAUAAAUAAAAAUACAUAAUUUUUAAGAAAAAAAAAAUCCAAAUAGACAUAAAUAGUAAUAAAUUAAAAGUACUUGGAGAGAGAGAAGAGAGUGCUUAAUGAAAACUACAAAUAAUAAUAAAAAUCUAUAUAAGUUAUAGAAAAAAAAAGGCUUAAUGAUGCCAGUUAAGUGGCUUCUAAGAGUGACUUUGGGAUUCAGUAUGAGAUUAACCAGCAAAAGGAUGGUAUUUGGAAUAAUAAUUGUGCUAUAUUUGAGUGUUGGUAGUGGAAGUAGUCUUAUAGAGACACCAAAUACCGUACCAUCACCGUCAAAUGAUGGUGGUUUUAUGGAUCAAAUUGGCAAUUUAGAGCAAAAUAUAGCAGCUGUCUUCAGUAAAGUUGCCUAUGGUUCAACAACAACAAAACGCAGUAUUCCAGAUUCGGUUCCAAUACCAAAUCUAACAACAGUUCCAAGUCCACUCCUAACGACAUUUAGAUAUCGCGAAAGAGAGAGAGACAAUGGUCACGAUUUUGAGAGUGAUCAAGUGAUAAAUCAGAGUGCAUAUGACUUAGAGUUGGAGAAGGAUCAUGCACUGCCAACAUCGGCACCAAAUGCCGAUAUCCUCAAGAGUAAUAGCAAUCCAACGUAUCCUAAUCCCAAUAGGCAUCACAAUCAGGAUAGACAUCGAUUGCAGUCCCUGCCAAAUUCUACAGAAUACGCCAGGAAGGGACCAACGCUACCAAUGUUUCCGGGUGAUAUGCCAUCGUAUGCCCCACCAGCACGUUCCUUCUUCACUCCGCCCCUUCCGCCCGAAUACCAGAAUCCCUUUGCUGACAAACCAACGCUACGUGGUACAAAUAGUGAUCUCGGUGUCAUUCACAGCAGUGGCGGUUUUCAUCGUCGACCUAUUCCACCGCCGAGUCUUGUGCCCGGCUACGAAAGGAUACCGUAUAGACCGCCUGAUCUUGUGCCAGCUCGUCCAGAUGACCUAGCAUCAGGUGUACCUGGUGCUGCAGUUGAUCCUGAGCCAAAGCACAAGAAAGAUGAGCAGCAUAUGUAUGAAAUUGUGCGAAAAAAGGCACUAAAUACACCAUCAAUAAAGACCCAAGAUGGCGGUCAACAGCAACAGAUUUAUGUGAAUGUUAGUGAAUCGGGUCCGGGUACCAAUGCACCAUCCGUUGGCAAUGGUGUACUACAUUUUCCCAGUAUCUCACGCAUUUUGUCCGGUUCGAAUGGACGCAAAGAGGAUAUUCCGGAUAUUUUAUUGCGAACUGUCACUGUACGUCCGGCAGCUGUCCCAAAGACACCAACUGUCACAUCUGUCACACACUAUCAAGGGAUGAAUCUCAAUAAGAAUCGCGAUGAAGAUGUUGAAAUGUCAACGGAAACAGAUGAAAUGGUAUCGCCACCCAAAAAGGAACCCCGAACAACAACACCAUUUGUCACAGAUGACGAUACAUUCUCCACUCACAGGAUUCAGAAAUUAAUAAAUAGUGACACACCUAGUACAACAUUAGCAACAACCCAGGCACCACCAAUUUUGAGUGCAGACAGACAAUCAGCAUUGGUAACAUGGACAAUUGCAUGGAAUAUUCAUGUCUAUCUAUCGGCAAUUCUCUAUACCAUUUUGGCUGUCUACAGUAUCUUCAAGAUGAUCUUCUAUGAUAAAUUGACACAUCUAUUUUCCCAAACGUACUUCAUAGCAAUACACAUGAUACUCAUUGGGAUAUGUUUAGGUAGAAUAUUCUAUCUAUGCUACGAUGCAUACAAUAUGCACAGUAGUUUUACGGCAUUUGUCUCGGAAUUACUACUAAAUCUACCAGCUCUAAUGUUAGCUGUCACAUUUGCAACACUAAUCCUAUUCCUUCUGCUGCGGAGUCUCAAUCACAAGGCCAACAGGUACAGUGCCUUGUUGCGACCAUUGACAAUUGGUGUUGGCGGCGGUGUACACAUCUGCCUAUGCAUAACACUGCACUAUGUUGAAAGUUAUGGUGUACGUGGUAGUGGAAAUGGAAGUGGUAGUAGUACAACUAGCAGCAAAAUCUAUCAACAAGAUCGUCCUGUACCACGUGUAUUAUCACUAAUUUGUCAAAUUAUCUUUAUAUUUGUCUGCCUAAGUCUUGGUACAUUCUACCUCUAUAUCUAUCGUGUGCUGAAACGUGUAUUGCGUACUAAAAGUCAAAAUUAUAUACAUGGCUAUCAAAAUUUAUCAUAUGCCAUACAUAUAACAAUUGCAACAGCAUUGCUAUUUAUAUUAAUGGCAGCAUUGCAAGUAUAUGGUGCUGUCAGUAUAAGUGGUAAAGAUGAUUUAGAUUGGCUACAGUGGGGCUAUCAAUUUAGUUUGAGAUUAAUUGAAAUAGCUAUUGUGUGUUUGAUAUCGUGGGUGGGAUGCCUAAAGACCGGUACGGCAAAGGUACAGAGAGAAAAGGCUGUUGAACAACAUAUAUCGGGUUUUGCCCUAUUUCCAUGUACAUCGAGUUCGAGUCAGGAGCACUUUGAGACAGAUUAUCCGGCUGUAUGCAAUGCAAAUACAAAUCUGCAUACGUAUACAUUGAGAACGGGUAAACCAAUUUAUGAUGAUAGUUUUGCUGUAACGCCCGAAGGUAAGGGUACCAGUGGAGGUGUUGGUAUCGGUGGUGCUGUAUCUGGUGCAACGGCUACUGAGGACUUUGGUCAGAAGGACAGUGAAAGUAUUAAUUCGCAGGAUGGUGCAGGUGAUCACUAUGAAAAUCCUAAUUUUGAAUUACAACAACAGCAGAGUACAAUGAGUAGUGGUCGGCAUAAGGAUGAAAUGUUUGAUGUAUGCUACAGUGAACCAAUGCAUCAGUAUGAUUUUCAGAAUCUCGAAAGGCCAACAUUCGAAAGACCAAAUUCCCGUAAUGAAUUUCGAGCAUCGAAAAAUUUGAAAGUAUUAAAAAAUGACAGAAGGCAGCAUUUUAAUCCUUACAGUAGCUUCGAGAGACGUCCUGUACCACCGACAGAUGACGUUGGAUGUCAUUUGGGUGUACGAAAGAGUGGUACACUCGGCAAUAUUGGACACUAUCACAGUCAACAGCAAACACCAUCAUCGACAACAAAUCCACUUAGACGACAAGAUGGCGGUGCAACGGGACGUUUGGCUGGUGUUCAGACCAUUCAACGUCCACGCUAUCCACCGGCAAGGUACUUACAGAGACAACAAGAUGUCACCCAAAGUCACCAUCAUCAUGAUAAAUCCACCAGUGCCAAUAGCAGUGAUGAUAGUGUCAAUAGUGGCUCAAUGCUCGUGGCUGAGCACGGUUUUGUCCGUUUUCGGGCACUAGAUGAACUCGAGGCAGCAGCAGCAGCAGCAGCAGCAGCAGCAGCAGCAACGUCCGCCACGGGGAAGGAUAAACGACUAAUUCAGUCAUAGUACAGGAGAUAUAUGGCAAGUCCAUCCACCAUGUCUCUCACGUAGCGGUAAAUUCCUUCUUUUUUGUUUUCUGUCUGUCUUUUUUGACAAGAACGCAACACACAAAGCACAUUUCCCCUCCUUCGCCAUCUUCCCCUCUUCCCCUUUCCAUUUUCCCCUUCAAAAACCCCAGCGCCACCUAUUUAUAGACAUUUCAGUGCUAGCAUUUAAGGGAGAAUUAAGAUGAAAAAAAAAUGAUGAACUUUUAGAAUGAUGAAUCUCAAAUUAUUGACACAUUACGCAUUAGACAUUAUACAUACAAUUAACAAUUAAAAUGAUACAAUGACAA